AUGCAGCUCCCUUUAAAGUUUUUUUUUGGAUCCAUCUUUUUUUUCUACCUCUCCUCUCUUCCGUUUGUCUCGCUGGCGGAUGACUCUGCAAGUUCCACUAGUUUUAGUUAUCGUGUAGAGCCAACUCCCAUUCCUCCCCAACAGGGAAUUCCACAGCGAUUAUCGGUGUAUGAAGCAUAUCGAGGAGGCGAUUGUCAUGGAUAUCGUGCCAAAGAAAUCUCGUCCACCGAGCAGGGUGUCAUAGGUUCCUUGGAACUUAUCGGUUCCCCUUGUUAUGCUUAUGGUACUGAUUAUAAAAAAUUGUUUUUAAAUGUCACUUAUGAGACAGAAGAACGUAUUCAUGUCUCAAUUCGAGACAUAAACAGCACUCAAUUUCAAUUUAGCAGCCGUCAUGAUGUUUGGGAUGCUCCUCUUUAUCAUCCUUCCUCUGUCAACCAAUUCAACGUCCACUAUAACUUUUCCUUCAAUGCCGAUCCUUUUGAAUUUUGGAUUACCAGAAAAUCCGACGGAGAAGUCUUAUUUGACACAAGAGGCCAUCCUUUAAUCUUUGAAGAUCAGUACAUUGAGCUUACCACCAACAUGGUUGAAGACUACAAUAUCUACGGUCUUGCUGAAACCAUACAUGGUUUACGCUUGGGAAAUAAUCUCACUCGUACUUUCUGGGCCAACGACGAAGCUUCUCCUCUUGACCAGAACAUGUAUGGAACUCAUCCGUUUUACCUCGAGCAAAGAUACAAUCCCGUCAAUGAUUCCAGCACUCAACAACAAAAGCAUACUUCUUCCUCCCACGGCGUGCUAAUGCUUACCGCCAACGGCAUGGAUGUCGUACUGCGUCCAAAGUAUCUCCAAUAUCGAAUGAUCGGUGGUAUUAUCGACCUCUAUGUUUAUUCCGGUAGUAAAAAGCCACAAAAUACGAUUACUCAGUUCAUUGAAUCCGUUGGAUUUCCUCAAAUGCAACAGUACUGGACUCUGGGCUUUCACAUGUGCCGUUGGGGUUACGAAAACAUUGAUGAAAUUAUUCAAGUCCGAGAGAACAUGCGCAAAUUUGAUAUUCCCAUUGAAACCUUCUGGAGCGAUAUCGAUUAUAUGCACAACAUGCGUGAUUUUACAGUUGAUCCCAUAUCUUAUCCCCGUGAACAAAUGAUUGAUUUCUUCCAUGAUAUCGAGCUUGCUCAUCAGCACUUUGUUCCCAUAGUUGAUGCAGCUGUUUAUGCCGCAAACCCAUCCAAUCGUUCUGACGAUUCGUAUGGACCAUACUAUGAGGGAAUCGAGAAGGACGUCUUCCUCAAAAAUCCUGAUGGCAGCCUCUACAUUGGAGAAGUAUGGCCUGGAUUUACUGUAUUUCCCGACUUCACCAAUCCUAGCGUUCAAGAUUAUUGGAAACACGGUAUCCACAAUAUGUCCUAUGCUUUAGGAUCCAACUCUUCUGACUAUAUCCCUUUCAGCGGAUUGUGGCUAGACAUGAAUGAGCCAUCUUCCUACUGUGUUGGAUCUUGUGGUUCUGAACUUGUAAACAUGAACCCAGUACAUGCUCCUUUUAAGCUUCCCGGUGAGCCAAAUGAUCUUACUUUGAAUUAUCCCGAGGGUUUUAACCUUACAAAUGAAACUGAAUAUGCCUCUGCCAGCAGCGCAUCCUUAAGCCAGUAUUAUGCCACUGCAACAUCUUCUAUGCAAGUUGUCUAUCCAACAGCCGUUUCCGAAGGACAACAACCUAAAUAUGACAUAAAUCACCCUCCUUAUGCUAUUAAUACAGAACAGGGAAACCACGAUUUGGCCAACCACGGUGUCAGUCCCAACGCUACUCAUCAUGAUGGAACUCUUCGUUACAACUUGUUCAACGUUUACGGAUAUGGAGAAAUCAAAGUCACGCACAAGGCUCUGACUGAUUUACAGCCGGAGGUUCGUCCAUUCAUUCUAAGUCGGUCGACUUUCUUAGGUUCUGGUGUGUAUUCUGCACACUGGCUUGGAGAUAAUCAUUCCAAUUGGCCCAACAUGUUUUUUUCAAUCUCUGGAAUGAUGGUGUUCAACAUGUUGGGUGUUCCCAUGGUUGGCGCUGAUGUUUGCGGCUUUCAAGAUAAUAGUGAUGAAGAACUGUGCGCAAGGUGGAUGGCCAUGGGUGCUUUCUCACCUUUCUACAGAAACCAUAAUCAGCAAGGUAGUAUCCGUCAAGAGCCAUAUUUAUGGGCUUCUGUUGCUGAAUCUUCACGCCGAGCUAUGAAUAUUCGCUACUCCUUGUUGCCUUAUUGGUACACUUUGUUUAGACAAGCUUCCUACGAUGGAAGCACUCUUAUCCGUCCUCUUUUCUUCGAGUUCCCCGAUGAACCAUCUUUAGCCGGAGCUGACCGUCAAUUCAUGGUUGGCGAUUCCUUGUUGAUUACUCCAGUUUUGGAACCCAACACAACCACAGUGAAUGGUGUUUUCCCUGGUGAUGAAGACACCGUCUGGUACGACUGGUACAACCAUACUGCAAUUGAGCACAAGCCUUAUGAAAAUAAGACAAUGGAUGCUCCUCUUGAACACAUCAACGUUGCUGUUCGUGGCAGCAAGAUUAUCCCUAUGCAGCAACCCGCAUACACCACUGAAGAAACUCGUGAAAAUCCAUUCAACUUGCUUGUGGCCCUUGACAAACAAGGAACUGCUUAUGGUAAUGUGUACGCUGAUGAUGGUGUUUCUCUCACUCCCAAUGCUACCUUAUGGGUUGAUUUCUCUGCCGAGUCCAACAAGUUGUCUAGUGCCUCUUUCGGUACCUACAACGUGCAUGUACCAUUGGCAAAUGUCACAAUCCUAGGUGUUUCAUCUUCUCCUAAGCAAAUUCAAUUCAACAACAACAGCGUCAACUCUUUUACUUAUUCGGACCGGACUCAAGAAUUGGUGGUUACCAACUUGGACAAGUUCACUUCUGCCGGCGCCUUUGCAAGCAAUUGGACUAUAACAUGGUAA